AUGAAGACAAAAUAUCAAGGUACUGCUAGAGUAAAGCGUGCACAACUUCAAGCCUUGAUAAGGGAUUUCGAGAUGUUGCAGAUGAAGGAAGGAGAGUCUGUAAUGAGUUACUGCGCUAGAACAAUGGAGAUUAGCAACAAAAUGCGAUUUCAUGGUGAAAAGAUGACUGAUGUCACAAUUGUGGAAAAGAUAUUGCGCUCCCUGACGCCGAAGUAUGACUAUGUCGUUUCCUCCAUUGAGGAGUCAAAAGAUAUAGACGAGUUAUCGCUUGAUGAAUUGAAACGUUCCUUAUUGGUACAUGAGCAAAAAAUGAACCGCAGUUCAUCUUCCGAAGAGCAGGCUUUGAAGGCUUCUACUAAUACUCGUUUCUCAAAUUUUAGAGGAAGGGGUAGGGGUAGAGGUAGAGGAAGAGGAAGGGGAGAUCGAGGAUAUAGAGAUGAAGGCAGCAAAGACGGCAGUAGGAAUUUUAGAGCCAAUGAUGACCACGGUAAAGGCAGAGGAAGGAAUUUUGACAAAUCAAUAGUAGAAUGUUAUCGAUGUCAUAAAUUUGGUCAUUAUAAGUCUAAAGGUUAUACCAGGCUGCCUAAUGACAGGGAUGAAAAGUCAAAUUUUGUUGAAAGUAACGAAAGUGAGACAUUGUUGAUGGCAGUCCAAGUAGAGAAGGAACCUGACUAA